GAAAGAGUGUAGUUGUUUAGGUUAUUCUUGUUCCAGUUCCAACUUCCAAACCCCCAAUGGCGGCCCCGGGCACCGAGGAAGCUGUUAGUUGUGUUAGCAAUAGCACACACACAGCGAUGGAAAACGACGACGAACACAAGCUCCACAAUCACAGAGAACAAGUACAAGAACAAGAACAAGAAAAUGAAGAAGAAGAACAAGAAGAUGAGGUUUGGAGUUCUUCGGAUUCUGAAAUCGGUGAAGCGUUGGACUGGUUGGAUUCAAGGGAGGAAGAUGAAGGCUCCUCCUUCUCCCUCACUUCGUGGCGCCCCAACGCUCAUGGCGGCCACCACCACCAUUCCUCCACUCUGCAACCUCUCGCCAAUCGCAACCAGAAGUUCUCCCAUCACAUUCGUGCUUCACCCUUGGAGGAGUGGGAAGGGAGAAUGAAUGUUGGCAUGUCUAAUUCUGUGACGACAGCAAUUCGCAGCAGUGUUCGAGACUUGGCCAUUGGGAAGACUAAAACUACUGAGAAAGCAGACCGGGCUACUGUUGAGCAGGCAAUUGAUCCUAGAACGCGCAUGGUCUUAUUCAAGAUGCUGAACAGAGGUGUCUUUCAUGAUAUCAAUGGAUGCAUUUCAACUGGAAAGGAAGCAAAUGUUUAUCAUGCAACUAAAUCUGAUGGUCAAGAACUUGCAAUUAAAGUAUACAAAACAUCUGUUUUGGUAUUCAAGGAUAGAGAUAGAUAUGUGCAAGGAGACUUCCGAUUUCGAAAUGGAUACUGCAAGCAUAAUCCCAGGAAAAUGGUAAAAACAUGGGCAGAGAAAGAAAUGAGAAAUCUUAUGAGGCUUAAGGCAGCAGGAAUUAGGUGUCCUACGCCAUAUCUUCUGAGGCUACAUGUUCUGGUUAUGGAAUUUAUAGGAAAAUCUGGUUGGGCUGCCCCUCGUCUUAAAGAUGCAGCUUUAUCUUUAGACAAGUUGCGGGAAGGCUAUGUUGAGAUUAUUAUUGCAAUGCGGACAUUGUAUCAGAAAUGCAAAUUGGUGCACGGUGAUCUCAGUGAAUAUAAUAUACUUUAUUUUGAGGGUCACUUGUACAUUAUUGAUGUUUCUCAAGCUGUUGAUCCUGAACAUCCUCAUGCCCUUGAUUUUCUGCGUGAAGAUUGCGUUCAUGUGUCUGACUUCUUUAAAAAGCAUGGUGUAGCAGUCAUGACAAUAAGAGAAUUGUUUGAAUUUAUUGUCGAUGCAUCCAUUACUGAUGAUGCCGUGGAUAGUUACUUGGAAGAGAUGCAACAAAAAAUUUUGACGAGGGGAGAUAUAUCUGCAGAGGAUGAGAUUGCAGACUCUGUAUUUGUGCAGUCCUAUAUUCCGAAGACACUAGAGGAUGUGAAGAAUGCUGAGGAGGAUGUACAACGGAUAACAAGUGGGAAGGACACCAAAGAUUUAUACUAUCAGACCAUUACUGGACUUAAACAUGCUCUGUCAUUAACACAGCCUUCCCAGCAAAAAACCCAACAGAAAUCAAGUCCCACAAAGGAUUCACCGGCUGUUUCUGAUGAUAAAUCUAAACUCUUAGAGGAUGAUGCUGAGGGUCAAUCUGACGAGGAUGAAGAUGAUGAAAGCAAUUCUGAAGAGGAUUCACCCUCAGAAAGUGAAGUAGAUGAUCCUGCAGAUAAAAAAGCUGCUAGAAAAGAGGCUAGGAAAGAGAAUAAGAAGAAGGUGAAGGAGGAGAAAAGAGAAGCACGUAAAACUAAAGUCCCUAAGGCUGUUAAGAAGAGAAAGAAAAAGUUGGCUAAAGCAAAAAAGACCAGAUAGAUAGUAGUUAUAUAUAAUGUGGCUGAGUAUUGAGUUUCCCUGGUAGUGUGGAUUUUAGAUACAACCUAAUACAGCAAAUAUAUAUAUAUAUAUAAAAAAACAAGAGCAAUUUUGUUCACUCAUAUUAUCUUGAGAGUAUCUGUUAUAAGGAGAGGUUACUAAGCACAAGACAACAUUGUUACCGGCCUAUAGUUUCUUGGCAUUCCACACAGUUCCUGUUACAUAUGUCUGCAUUACCUUUCUGUCUUUACACUUUGUUGUUUCUAUUCAGUUGAAUGGAAGUGUGUAAUGGAAAUAAUUUCAACACCUACAUACACUUCCUUCGUUUGGUUUUAUUAGAUUUCAAAUUUUGUUGGUU